AUGCUACGAAAUAGAAUUUCAACUGAAUUUACAAGUACAACAAGUGCUACACCAGAAAAUAAUUUUAAAAGACAUGAUGAUGCAAAUGAAGAUUGCACAAAAAUUUCCUUACCAAGUAUCGAAGCAAAAAUAUAUUAUUCCACUAAUGAUGCAAUCAAUUGUCAUAAAUCAUUCCCAAUAAUAAAAUCAGCAACCACUUCAAUGCCAUAUUUAUAUGUAUCAGCAAAUGUUGCUAAUAUGCCUGAAGAAACAGCACUUACACCAAUUAUUGCCGAUUUUUUCAUUGGAAAAUUUACCACAACAAUUUCCUCAGCAAGUAAAAAUUUAUUUAUUCAUUUAGAAAUUUUGUAG